GCUCGUGGGCAGCUGGUGACUGUGAGCCAGCCUGGGGUGUGUCACUAUGGUUCUAGGUUGGAUUGCUGUUAUGGCUGGAAAAAGAACAACAAGGGCCACUGCGAAGCUGUCUGUGGACAUGGCUGCAAGUACGGCGAGUGCACAGGACCAAACAAAUGCAAAUGUUUCCCUGGAUUUACAGGGAAAACCUGUAAUCAAGAUCUGAAUGAAUGUGGACUGAAACCACGUCCCUGUGAACACAGAUGUAUGAAUACACAUGGCAGCUACAAGUGCUAUUGUCUUAGCGGGUACAUGCUUAUGCCAGAUGGCACGUGUGCAAGUUCUAGGACAUGUGCCAUGGUGAAUUGCCAAUACGGAUGUGAAGAAGUCAAAGGGGAGGUACAGUGUCUUUGUCCAUCAGGUGGCCUUCAGCUGGGACCAAAUGGAAGGACCUGCAUUGACAUUGAUGAAUGCUCCACUGGCAAAGCUCUCUGCUCUUACAACCGCAGAUGUGUCAACACAUUUGGAAGCUACUACUGCAAGUGCCAGCUUGGUUAUGAACUGAAAUAUGUCAGCGACCAUUAUGACUGUGUAGAUGUAAAUGAAUGUGUGACAAAUACACACAGCUGUAACCUCCAUGCAGAGUGCCUCAACACUGAAGGAUCCUUCAAAUGCAGAUGUAAACAGGGCUACCGAGGAAAUGGAUUUGAUUGCACUGUUAUCCCUGAAAAGUCAGUGAAGGAAAUUCCAAGAAUCUACGGAGCAGCUAAGGACACAAUUAAGAAACUUCUUGCACAUAAAAACAGUGUGAAAAAGCAUGAAACAAUCAAGAAUGUGAUCCCAGAAAAAGCUGUGACACCAGCUUCUAAGACUCACUUGCAGUUACUAGACUAUGAAGGUGGCAUUGAUCUUGAAGGGAACUACGCUGAGGAAGAGAAAGAAACUGAAGCUACCACAGAAGAGGAGACAGAAGAAUCAGAUGAAGAGGAGAAAGAAGAUUUUGAGAAUCAGAUUGACCAUGAGCGAAGCCUUAGAGGAGAUGUCUUUUUUCCCAAGGUGAAAGAAGCAGCUGCCUUCAUCCCUCUCCUGGCACAGAGGAAGGUUCCAGUGUCAAGACCAGAACAAGAAG